GCGAGCUGAGCGAUAGACGCAGACGCGCGAGAAAGCCAGGAAAGACACAACAACUGGUUCGACGGCGGCUUCCAGUGCACCCAUCGAUUAAAGUAACUGCCAAAAUAUAGCCAAUCAUUGGCGUGUGCUGCCCCAAUUGAAAUCGGUGGCCAUUCUUCGCGGAUGCAGUGUGUUCAGUGGAUCAAAGUGCAGUUAGAGUGAAACGAAAACGAUCUGUGAUUAGCGGAGAACGCAGCAACGGCACCAGCCGCCACAAUUGCAUUGACAAAGGAAGUGGGCAAAGUGAGUGAACGGGUUUCGGCCAGCAUUUUCACCUGGCCAAAACAACGGUGCGGCGGUGAAUGCAAUUCCGAUUUCGAAACACACAGAAACCAAACGAAACGAAAGUCGCGCGAAGAAAGUUCUCCGCGAAUGCAGAAACUAAAUUACCAGAAAAUUGAAUGAAACAAAACUCCUAAAGGAUUUACGCUCGUCUCCGGUGUGCAAGUGUGCAAAGCGUACCGAACUACAACGAAUCGGAAUUGGGAACUGGGGAAUGCAAGUGCAGCUUCAAGGCGCAGGAUAAUGAAAAUGCGGAGCCAGGACAUCGCCGGGACGAAAUUAAAAGCAAACAGCCACAGAAAGCGUCGAUGCAGCACGCUCCUCGUGGGAAUUAUGUUGCUCUUUAAAGUGGGAAUGAUUGCAUCCGAGACCCCGGAGAUUAAGGAUGCUUACAGCCAACCCCUCACGACGAUGGGGGGUCAGCCUCGUAACGAUGACAACACUUUUCGACCCAUCCUGCCCAUCGACAUUAGUCCGGAGUUCAUUUCCCGCAAUGUCUUCACCAAGUCGGGCCAGUACCGGGUCUUCCAGCCUGCGGAAACAGAGAGUGAUCUCCGCCUGACGGUGGCCAUGAGGCGCCGCAACUUUAAGCAUUCCUCAGAGCCAACUGCCAAAGAAGAACCCAAGAGCUCAAAAGUCACUGAAUUCAAGGAGGUCAAAAACGAGGUGAGCAAUUCCACAGCCUCACUCGACGCCGAGCUGAAGGGCCUUGAGGAUCUGCUGGUGGAGUAUGUGGAGCAGUUCUUCAGCCAGGGGAAGUACGAGCCAACUCCGGGCUUGGUUUUGGCCUUGCAAAAGAAUCACUCGAGUCCACAAAAUCCGGAAAGUGCCAGACGCUCCGCACGUAGCCUUUUGGAAGACACCAACGUCGAGUUGAAUAUCCCAAGAGCCUUUGGCAGCGCACGUUUGCUGUUCUUCAGUGGCUUAAAGAAAGUAAUGUGGCCCAUCUACAUGGGAUUACAGGUGCUGAAGAGUGUGCUCCUGGCCAUGUUUUUGCCCACUAUCAUAGGCAGCGUCAGUCGGCUGAUUGGAAAAGGCAUCACAUCCGGUUCCGCUGGCUCGGUGCCAUUGUUCAUCCGCCCCAUGGAACCGCCGCAGGAACUAGACUUCCGGGACAACAGCAUGAACUUUGAUGACGACAGCAAGUUUUCCUUGGCAGACGACGGCAAAACACAACCUGGCUAUGAAUACAAUGCAGAGGCAUCCCAGCAGCAGGCCCAGUAUGCUCAGGUGAACGGAAAUUCGCUGAAUCAGGCGACGCUGUCACGUUACGGGGGCCAGCAGAUGAUGCAGGAUACAUAUCUCAGUGCCCUGCAAAGUAUUGGGGCAGCAUCCUUUAAAAAUUCCCAGAGUCUCUCGGGAUCUUCCAGCUCUUUAGGAGGUGGUGGAGCACCAGGAAUGACAAAGAAGCCCGCUCCGGCUGUGAUGAACACCUUCCAGAGUUUUCAGAAAGUGCCCAGUUCCUCGCUUCUCCUCUCCAACUAUGAUCCUUUCUAUAGCCCGCUCCUGUCGCGACUGGAUUCCGUGUUCGCCCAGCUGAAGCUCAAUCCGGAGAACGAGGCCUGUCGGGAAAAACUCAUCUGUUUGAUGUACGCCAACCCCGCUAAAUAUGCUCCAUACAGCAACCUUGUGUCCGCGCAACUGAGCAGAGAACUCAAUGAACUGCGCAAACCGACCUCCGACAACCCGGACAUCCUGCGCUUCUUCAAGUACAUGAGGGCGGCAAAGGACGGCCAGGAUGGAGUCGACUGCGACCAGUCCUUUGCCAAGUGCACGGAGCUAAAGGACUUCGAGAACCCGGCCAUGCUGUCCACCUACAACGACAUCAACAAACUGGUCCAAGCACGAAAAUUGGCGUAGGGGUGCCCAGGAGAGUUGCGGGAUCAGGGAGUAGAUUGAGGGUCUUGAGGUUGUGAGGUGACAGCCAGCAAAGUUCGCGGGAGUCACGUCAAAAGUCCGUAGACUAGCUGUCUGUCUGUUGUGUCCUGCUCGGGAAUGGGAGCUGUAAUUAUGCAAAUUGUACUUUAGAUAGCCUAGCCAUAUAUACAUGUCUAUAUAUACUAUACAAACAAGUUCGUUAGACGCUCCACCGGCGGCAGCUGUCAGCGGAGGGUUGGGUUUGGGUUUUUUCAAGGGGGCUUCAUUAUUAUGUUGUAAAUAGAAAAGUUUUUGGUAGUUUAAUUAGGGCAAGCAACAAUUACAGGAUGAUGCUGUUAUUUUUAGCCAUUUAGAUGAAUUUCUUUAGGUAUUUAUUUUUAGCCUAUGAAUAUGUUUAAUUUUAACCAAUUUAUGUUUAAUAAUUUAUUCUGUUGUUGUUAUCCAAGUAGUCAGCGAGCGUUGUUCAUUGUCAUUGAAUAAUCAAUAAAAUUAUAUU